AUGGCGGAGACCUUAAAGAGUGACCAGCCGCUGACCCCCGCCGGCCGCCUCUUCCUGCAGCCGAAGAUGGAGCAGGUCAUCCAAGCCGCCAUCGCCGUCGAGUCCCCCAUCGACGUUGACGCCAUCAAAUCCGAGGUCCGGCGAUCGGUCAUGCUCCAACACCCCCGAUUCUGCAGCCUCAUGGUGCGGGACCAGAGCGGGCGCGAGAACUGGCGCCGGACUCCGGUGGACGUUGACCGCCACGUCAUCGUCCGCCACGAGCCGAUCUCCAGCGACCCCGACGAGGACGCCGUCGCCGAUUUCAUGGCGGAUCUGUCAGUGUCUUCGCCGCUCCCCGCCGACAAGCCGCUGUGGGAGAUCCACCUGCUGCUGGCGCACAAGACGGUGGUGUUCCGUGUGCACCACGCGCUCGGGGACGGGAUCUCGCUGAUGUCGAUGCUGCUGUCCUGCUGCCGGCGGGAAGAUGAUCCGGAGAGGACGCCGACGAUCGCCGGAAUAGGAGGAUCGGCGGGCGGGAGGAGGUGGAGCGCGUGGGCGCUGGUGAAGGCGGUUUGGUUUACUUUGAUCUAUUGUUUGGAGUUCGGGCUGAGGGCGCUGUGGCUGCGGGAUAGGACCACCGCCUUGAGCGGCGGGGACGGAGUGGAGCUGUGGCCGAGGAGGUUGGCGUCGGCGAGGUUCCGGCUGGACGACAUGAAGGCUGUCAAGCAAGCUGUUGGCGGUGCGACAAUCAACGAUGUUCUUUUCGGGGUUAUAUCACGAGGGCUUUCGAGGUAUUUGGACAUUAACUCACCCAAAGCUCUGCCUGAGGGCCUCCGGAUCACAGGUGUUGCCAUGGUCAACCUGAGAUCGCAAGCAGGACUGCAGGACUUGUCGAAGCUUAUGGAUAGUAAAUCUGGAAUUCGGUGGGGCAACAAAUUCGGCAUGCUUCUCUUACCCAUUUAUUAUCACAGAGGCGGUUCUGAUCCGAUCCAGUUUGUGAGGAGAGCCAAGGCCAUGAUCGACAAGAAAAAGCUCUCACUAGAAGCCCCCUUCUCGUACAGAGUUGGGGACCUCGUCAUGUCUCUUUUUGGUGCAAAGAUAGCUUGCAUUCUCAAUUACCGGAUCGUUUGCAAUACAACCUUCACGAUAUCGAAUGUUAUAGGGCCCCAAGAGAAAAUCACGAUGGUUGGCAACCCUGUGAAGCACAUAAGGGUUACUUCAAGCAGUCUACCCCACGCAAUCACAAUGCAUAUGGAGCUCGAAAAUUUAUCCUCAGAUGACCUCAUUGGUGCGAUUAUUAACUUUGCCUUACUGAAGGUGGCCGAAGACGAUGCCAAGGCAAAAGGAUGGGUGGUUGGAUAUGUUCCGCCUGGCGAAGACGAGGUGCUUCAUGAAGAUGAAGACGUGGUCUUAAUAACUAAGGGCAACGUUCUUUCAACAGUUGAGAGAAAAGAGAAUGAGGUUUUCCAACGUUUGGGAGAAAGCCUGUUAAAGCACUUGGAGGAUGAGGACAGAGCCGAAGCUGAGACUGAAAGGCCUUCAACGUCGGCUGUAGCAGAGGCUUCAUCUUCGGAAAUAGACAAGGAGAUCUCGGAGAAGACUCUUUGA